CCUUGCAGAACCAUGUGUAACCGAAUGACGUGACUCUGACAAAAUUUAACAACUCAACUAAAUCACUGUCACACACACACUCUCUCUCUAUUUUCUGAAAAACCAAAGUGUUUAUAGACUCAAGCGGUGAACAGAAGCGAACCCACCAUGUUAUGUCUGAGACCAAACCCUUUUGUUUUUUUUCUUCUUCUUUCUUUAUCUGUCUUCUUCUUCAUCUCUUCAGCCUUCGCAAGCUCUCGAGUCCACUUAUAUACCUCUCUCUAAAAUUCGAGAUCAUUCGCCGUUGCUUAGCACAAGAUGGAAUCUCAAGUGAAGCAUGCUGUGGUGGUGAAAGUAAUGGGUCAGACCAUAUCGAGAGGACAAGUGACUCAGGUGAGAGUCAAGUUUCUUAACGAUCAGAACUGGUUCAUCAUGAGGAAUGUCAAGGGACCUGUGAGGGAAGGCGAUAUCCUUACCUUACUAGAGUCUGAAAGAGAAGCAAGAAGAUUGCAUUAAUUGGCUACUCAUUGCUCCCCUCCUUCUCAAGUUCUUUUUGUUUUCUUUUUAGAUAAGAUGCAACAUCUUGCAAUCCAAACUCGAAGUUCAUAUCCAUCAACUAUACGUCAGCAUUUAAAUCAACAAUAGAACAUCUAUAAGCGAUAUAUACAAGUAAAAGAGAAGUUUGUAUAAUAACUUAGUAUGAAGUUUCACAAGUGUUUCAAUAAUACAAUUGCAUCAGGCUUGAGAGGUGAUAGAUCCAUUUUUUCCUAGUUCCCACUGUCUUGCACGUUCCAUCUUCUAUUUACGCCAUUCCUCCAAAGCUUUCAAGCUGCAAGCAUCAUUUAGGGAACGGAAAUCCUUUAACCUUUUAGAAAGAUCAACUGUAGCAGUUUGCUUUGUAUCUUUUUGCAGGACCGUCUCUGGCUUUGCAUAAGCUUUUUGCUCAAUUUCCAUCACUCUUUUGAUCAAUUCCAAUGAUUGCAUAACAAGGUGGAUCUCUUCAGAUUCUUUGAUAUACUAGAUUUGCGUAGAAGUGAAUUAAGAUGUAGAGAUUCUGUAGCGGGAAGAGGUCGAAGAGAAGAAGUUCUUAAGCAAGAGAAGAGCAACGACGAUGUUCAAGAAGCAGACCACAAUGGUUGCGUUCCUGAAGGAGAACACUCUCCAUGACUACAGUACCUCCAUGUUUCUCCUCUUCUUCCUUCUUUUUCUUCUCGAGCUAAAAUAGCGACAGAAUUCCAACAAGAGUUGCCUCUCUCAGCAAAAUAUUUUGUUCAUGGGUCCCCCAACAAAGACUCCAACUUUGGUUGGAUCUUGCCUCUUGGGGUCCUCCGUCUCUAGUGGGGGGGUACCCCUACGUCUAAGCCAUCCCAGCAGCAACAAUUUGCGGUCCUCCUUCUCAAGUUUUUGUUGGUUUCUCUUUGUGGUUAGUCAAUGUCACUUUAAGUACUGUUGGUUUAAUGAAGUUUGAUUUUGCAAUUACCGAGUCUAUUAUUCUUUGAGGCGUACACAAUACCGUUCCAUUUCAGAAAGUUUUAAUUGAAGAGGGUCAAAAAUGUUUUGAUUGAAGAGGG